UCAAGCCAGGUGGAUGUGUUGAAACUUAGACGGGAAUGGUUAUAUAUAAGAAAAUCACUCCUCAGUGUAUAUAAUGUAUCAUAAAAGACAAUCUCUUCUACUAGGCCCCUUUGCGCUCCCUUCCAUGGUCAACAUGCAUGCUAUUUCCUGUCACUGAACGGAUAUCAACGAAUGCUCGGCUAUUCCAGGAGAUACACGGGAUGAUCUGGUAUGAGGGUAGGAUUCGCUUAAUCGCCGUUCAAGAACAGUUGUACUUGACUUGUUGCGAUAGUCAGGGUAGCAUAUGUGGAUACGGGACUAGAUCUCCUCAGAUGGGCUGUUUACAGCGUGAUGCCUGUGACCACCGUCACACAAUUUUGACCUCUACCCUGUACAGUCAUUGUUGCAUCCACAGUUGCACACUUUUUACAAAAGUACAUUUGUCACUGCUCCAUUUUUUAGUCGAUUGGAAAUGGACAGGGAAAGAAAUUGUUCUUCGACAUGGCGCCGUUCUACUUAUUGUACCGCUGACCGGUUCGUGGACCCGGUCCACCACUCUGAUUGACAUUCCCGAAAUGACAUUCCCGAAUGAGCCACUGUCUCCUCGGUAUAUCUACAUGAGGUACGUGGGCUUUUCAAGGUGCUCCGGGUAAAAUAUGCAGGGAUCUGCAUCCAUUCGUCUUCUUGGUGUCUUCGUUAUCGGUUGGUCGGUGGAACUCGUGGGCGAAGUUUACCGGGGAACUAAGUACACGUACCGCCAUCUUAGCUAGAGUCGGUCUCUUAUCGUCCGUCCGGCUAAAGAUCCACCAGGAAAUUUUCCCGGUCCCUUCCGCCCAAAACACCACCGCGUCCUCUCAAAUUCAGCAGCCUUCAUUUUUUACGCUCUUCGACUUCUCGUUGCUGUGUACGAGUAGCA